AUGUAUGUGAAAUGGUUUGAUACAGUAAUAUUUUACUAUGUGAUUUUAGUGUAUUUAGUGAAUGUCACUUUUUGUCAUUUUCAAAUUUCCCACCAGUUCCGUCCCCCGUAUGUCCCGACGCUCGCAGGGAACGGAACCCAGAUGACAGGAUUACAGGGGACACUGCAGGAGGGACAUCGUGGGAGCGCAGGACAAGGUAAGUGAACAACAGAUGCUGGAGCAGUGCCGCAUGGUAAGCCGAGUGUAGCUCGGGGGUUACCGCUUGUGCUACACUCGGUAAUACCGCCAGGGAGGUU